CAGCUGGAAACACUUUGCCCGGUUUUGGCCACAGGUCAUCCUGCCGUGUGUUUCGUCAGUGUCGACGCGGAAAAGAGAGAUACGCCCUAACAAACAAGAACCAACGAUGCUCUCAGUCUGCUGGCGAAAAUAACAAACGGAUUCAGCAUCCUCCAGUAUCCUUCUGUAUCCUCCACAAUCAAUCCCGAAGCCUCGCGCUUCAUCGUUAUCGCGCGAUGGCGCAUGCGCGCCGCUCUGAACGCUCUGCGGGCCGUGAUAUCCUUACCGUUUUAUUAGAGAAACGUCUCCAGUGGCGGGUUUAUGAUGAGCUACGCAGAAAAGCCAGAAGAUAUCACGAAGGAGGAGUGGAUGGAGAAGCUGAAUAAUGUGCACAUCCAGAGAGCAGAUAUGAACCGCCUCAUUAUGAACUAUUUAGUAACUGAGGGUUUUAAAGAGGCUGCAGAGAAGUUUCGGAUGGAGUCAGGCAUUGAGCCCAGCGUGGAUCUGGACUCUCUGGAUGAGCGGAUAAAAAUCAGGGAGAUGAUUCUGAAAGGGCAGAUUCAGGAAGCCAUCUCUCUCAUUAACAGCCUUCAUCCAGAACUCUUGGACACCAACCGAUAUCUCUACUUCCAUCUUCAGCAGCAGCAUUUGAUCGAGCUGAUUCGUCUGCGGGAGACGGAGGCUGCACUGGAGUUUGCACAGUCGCAACUGGCUGAACAAGGUGAAGAGAGCAGAGAGUGUCUGACUGAGAUGGAGAGAACCCUGGCCUUGCUGGCUUUCGACAACCCUGAAGAGUCACCUUUCGGAGACCUUCUGAAUAUGAUGCAGCGACAGAAGGUUUGGAGUGAGGUGAACCAGGCAGUCCUCGACUAUGAAAACAGGGAGUCAACACCAAAACUGGCCAAACUGCUGAAGCUCUUGUUGUGGGCACAGAAUGAACUUGACCAGAAAAAAGUCAAAUACCCCAAAAUGACAGACCUUAGUAAGGGCACAAUUGAAGACCCUAAGUAAGAACUGGCGACGAAAUGGACAUCUGUGCCGUACUGAAAUAUUUCCCCUUAUUUAUAAACAGUCAGUAAAUGGACCAUAUAUAUGAAUACGAACUAGCAAUUUGUUUGUCUCUCAUACAGGAGAUCUAACUUAACUGUAUAUUGUAUUAUAUUUUGAAAGCAGAUAUGCGAAUCAAAGUAAAUAUAUGAAAAAGUAAUUUAGCUUGACACCCAUUUUCAGAAUAAAAUGUAAUCCUAUAGACCUUA